UUGUCUUCUUUCACUGUAUCCACAAAUCUUCCACUUCCAUUUUGAAGCUCCUUGUCUCCCCUGACACGUCCACACCACCUCAGCCUUGCCUCUGUAGCCCAUAUGGGAGUGUUUACCUGCAGAGAGCUAGUUUGUAUAAAGUGACACACAUACAAACAGAACUGGGGAUGUGAUACGUGAAGUGAAGUUGACAGUUACUAAGAUUUUUGCUUGAAACGUUUUUGUAGUCAUUUCCCUGCCGCACUGCACAGGUUAAUUACACAGCCUCCCAAACAGGUAAACAGUGUGUGUGGACGAGGAGACAGGUGUGAAAACAAGAUUGACGGAAAUCGCAUACCCCUUGCCCGCUCACAGCGAGGCAAUGGAAGGGGCGCCCGAGAGGAAGAAGGCUUUAAGUAUGGGGAUGACAGCCUUCUUCCUCAUUGCCCAGAUGGCGGGGGGGCUGGCUUCCUCGCCCUGCCCAGAGCCCUAGCCAAUACAGGCUGGCUUGGAGCUUUCAUGCUUCCACUAUUUCUGCUUCAGUGUGGGGUUCGUGGGCACGCGUCUGGGGAGGAGCUGGGUUAUUCUGGAGGAGCGAUGGCCAAAGGAAUACAAAGGUCGUGUCAGACAGCCAUACAAACUUAUCGCUGAGAGAUUCCAUGGGUCCUAUCGGAGGGAGAGUGACGCAGAUAGUGGUGCUGGUCAUAACUGUUCGGGUCUUCCACCGUGCACAUGAUCCUGAUAUCCGAGAUGGUGGCGGCCGUGGUGCAGGAACAGGCCUGACUUCUCUGCUCACCAAAUGUCACGUGAUUCUCAUUGUUGGGGCUGUUCUCAUUUCCCCUCACCUGGCUGGGCUCAACCUAAGGACUUGUGGCAGGCUUCUAUACUGGCAGUGGUGGCAACGGUGGUGGCUAUUGUGGUCAUAGUAGUGCAAAUAUUCAUCAGUGAAGACACUUUCGACACACCAACCUAUCCCAACCCCACGAUUCCUUCCUUUGCUCGAGGUUUCGGCUCCAUCCUCUUCGCUUUUGGAGGCAUGGCAACCUUUCCAACCAUCCAAAAUGACAUGGCUGAUAGAUCACAGUUUUGGCAAAGUGUUGCUAUUGGUUUUAGUGGUAUUAUCACCCUCUACAUGCCCGUGGCUCUGGCUGGCUACAUCAAGAUUGGCGACGCAGUGAGCAGCAACAUUAUCCUAAGCGUGGAAAUGACAGAUGCAGUUUUGGUUGCUAUAGGAAUGCAGAUCAUUAACUUGCUUUGCACCUUCCUUCUCAGUUCGAAUCCUGUGUAUCAGUCUUUGGAGGAGGUGUUUAAUGUGAGGAAAGGCUUCAGUCCACAACGGUGCGUGGUGAGAGCAAGCGUUGUGUCAAUGCAGAUGCUGAUUGGUUUAGCUGUUCCUAACUUUGGCAAGCUCCUGAAUCUGAUUGGUGGGUCUCUCAUCACGCUGUGUACGUUUGUGCUGCCGCCUGUCAUGUACAUCAAGUUAGUAAAGGACAAGAGUGACAAGACAUGGCCGGAGAGGAGCAUACCAUUGUGGGAGAAGGUGUUCCUGGUGGAGGCGAUCAUUGUGGGCGUGGUGGGCGGCGUGCUGUCAACCAUUACAGCUCUAUACGACGUCAUUGAGGUGUCAUUUACGUCAAACUGUUUCAAUAGCUUCAGUGAGUGUUAGGAAACGUCUAUCAGUGAUCCUAACACCCUUCGUGACUUCCUAACACCUGACUUCAGCGUGUUGGGGAAACUGUUCUAACUCCCUUUAUAGCUUCUAAUACCCUUCCUAACACCUAAUAUUAAUUCUUUAACGCCUCUACCACGUUAAUAACCUCCCUAAUUAAUCUUAUCAUCUAUAGCAACCUCUACAACACCCACUCACCCAUAACACCUUCCUAACUCUAAUUCCAUCCUUCAUAACACGCACACAGUACUUGAUAACACUCUCCACAACCCUUUGAACAUCAGUAGAACUCUUUAAAAUACCUAUAACACCAGUAACACCAAUAACACCAGCAAAAUACAGAUGUAACACCCUCUACAACAUCAGUAACACUUUUCAUAACACCAUAACACCGUCAGUAACACCAUCAAAACCUUCUGGAAUGCACCUAACGCCAAUAACAACCUCCCAACAUCAACAACAACCUCCUGCUGUAAUACCUUCCUAACACGCGUGCCACGUUCUCAUAAAGGGCGACUCAAACCCAGGCGGAGGAGGUAAUGGCCUGUUCUCUCUCUCUCUCUCUCUCUCUCUCUCUCUCUCUCUCUCUCUCUCUCUCUCUCUCUCUCUCUCUCUCUCUCUCUCUCU